AAAUAUACGAUAUCAUUCUGGAAGUUGGCUGCGUUGUUCUGCACCUAUGUAAAUCGGAAAAAACUGUCUUAUUACAUCUGACUGUAGUAAAGUAGCGAGCUUUUACUAAAGUAAUUAACUGCUGCUGUAGUAUAACAUCAACUUCAUAAAAAAUGGAAAGGGCUUUGAAGAGACUGUUGCAGAUAUAUCCAAUUACACGUAAUUGGAUGGCCUUGUCAAAUUAUAUAGCACCAUUGCAGUGUAUACAGAAUGCAUCACAGAUGUAUAGCAGUAAUUUUUCUGGUCAUACAGAUUUGAGAAAUGUUACUAUAUCUUUGUCAAGGAAAACAUCUUACACUAUUAAAGUAGCACCAGAACCUAUGAAAAUACUAGAUGUAGUAGCAACAAAUCAUAUAAAUAUGUCUCUGAAUGAUGCAGUCAAUACUUUAUUUGUGUUAUUUGACACUGCGAAAAGAAUAAAGAAUUUAGAUCAUAUUGAAAGUCACAUAGGCUUUAUACAUUUGUGUGAGAUAAUAAAUAGAGGUGUUAGAUACUUGAAUAUAAAUAAUGUCAUUAAAUGCUUGAAGAUACUCAUAUAUUUCCAGACUCAAGGCAAUACCUUGUUGAUUCAAUCACUAUUACAAAUGAUUAGAGCAAAUGUAAAUGAAAUGUCUAUUCGUAAUAUAAUAUUUUUAUCCUUCUUAUUAAAAAGAAUGGAAAGUACACCCUUGAGAGAUGCUUUAUUGAUAGCUAUGAGUGUAGUGUUUGAGAUACAAUUACCAACAAAAUUAGAGACAGAUGACAUUUUUUUUCUGAUGGAUUCAUUGAGAUUUAUGAGUAACCAUAAUAUACAAAAUCAAAAUAUAAAUGAUAUAAUUUUGAAGUCAUUGUGUAAGCAUAAACAUACUUGGAAUAUACAAGCAGCCAAGUCAAUCUUUUAUAGCUUGUGCAUGAUGCCUCAGCUAUCUCCGCUAGGGUAUGAAAUAUUACCCAAUGUACAAAAGAUUCUUAUAUCCAAGGUGGACGAAUUAAGUAUCAAGGACAUAGCAACAAUACUUAAAAAAUUAAAAGUUGCCAUUUUAAAAAAACAUAUACUUUACAAUGAAGUAUUCGUGGAUACUCUUAUCAAUUCAGCGUUAUCCUCCAAUAUUGGUUAUACAGAAGGUAUCAAUGUGCUCAACUUGUUGAACCUUCUGGAUCAUAUACAUAUACCCUUGUUAAAAUGUCUGGCAGCAGAAUGCUCCGAGAAUCCGACUCUUUUAAAAAAUGAGUCGCAGAAAAAUAUGAUAUCUCUUCUACAAGGAUUUGUUAAUGCUGAUUACAAGCCAGUAUUUUGGGACACUAUAAGAGAAGCAAUAAUAGAAAAUAUUGAAGGAAAUUGCAGAUCUUACGAUAACUACGAUAAAAGCAAUAAUUUAUUAAGUAGAUUCACUCUAUAUCUGCUUGCGUUAGAUUAUUACAAUCCAGAUUUACUCAAUAAAGUCUUCUCCAGAACUAUAAGAACUGAUGAAACAAUGAGACAUAUUUGUAUAGAAGAAAUAUUACUUUUAUAUCAAAGUGUUAAAGCGCUAUAUCCCAUGUACGAUGGGCCAUGGCCGCAACAAAACUUACUUGAGUAUGCUAAUAUGAAUCUGAAUCCUGCACUUGAAUGUUCUCUCAAACUAGGAUUGGAACGAGCAUUAGGUGGCUCACAAUAUGUCCAUAAUGAUUUAAAGACAAAACUUGGCCAUCAUAUUGAUCAUGUGGUUGUAAUGAGAAAAGGUGGAUAUCCUAUUGCAAUUAAUUUAGAUACUAUUAGCGAUAGAAUUACCUAUGUUGAAGAUUUACAAACUCCAAGUGAAAGUCAAAUAAUACUUAUUUUCAAUCUUCCAAAUAAAGCAUAUGCUGUGAAUUCGCAAAGAUUAAAAAGUACAUGGGCGUUAAAAAUAAAGUCUGCAGAAGUGCUAACCAAGUCCAGCGCAGUUGGUAUAAAUUCGAAUUUUUGGAUGAAGCUUCCCGAAUACGAAAAAAUUCCGUACUUAAUGCAAGCUAUAAAGCUGAAAUGUGAAGAUCGUUUAGUCUCAACUAAUUAAAAAAAAAUAUUUUCAUCAUAAUUAAUAAUAUAGAAAAUAUAUUGUUCUCAUGAAACAAUUGCUGAAAUAUUUCGAAAAUAUUUGACACUAAUGGUACAAUGAGAGAUUAUAUAACAAUUUUACAUAAUAGAUAUAUGUGAUUCAAUUUUACAGUUAUAAAUAGCUGUACUUCAACCAAAAAUCAGAAUCGACAGAUUAAGAUAGAAAAAGUUUUAAAGUAUAUAAAACAAGAAACAAAUUAUUUGUAUUUAAUUAUGAGUAACUGGCAUAACCUACUCUAUUAUUUCCCUUCUCAAUGUAUAGUUCCUUGUCUUUAAAAUCUAAAUCUAACUUAUUUAUUGUGUAAGGAUAAAUGUACAUUCGACAAAAUAUCUAUAUAACAAUUUAUUUGUAUGAAAAUAUUUAUAAUACAUCAACAAUGAAAUGUAUAAUACUGGACUCUACGUAUCUGUUAUAUAUACUAUCUAAACAAUAUUUUAUGAAGAAAUGAAGAAAAACGCGGAAAUCCAGAAAUAUAAGUCCAGAAAUAUCAUUAUAAUAAAAAUAUUUUGUAUAUA